UCGUAAGAGCUUCUGAAAAAUGUCUAAAACGACCUGAACAAAACACGUGAUUGAGUUAAUUUAAUUUAUUUCGUGUUAAUCUGCCCUUCUAGGUGUGAUGCUAUGAUUCCAUUUAUUAAUUUCCAGCAUAUUAUUUUGUUGAAAGGACCCUGCGUUGAAGAUCAGCUGUUGGCUGCGUGAAGGCAGGAAGUGAUGCAGUAAAAGCCCACUGUGUAGCUGCACUCAAUGACUAAAAGGGGGAAGCACAAAGACAUUGACUGCUUUGGUCCGAGAUGGUCCUUUAACUCAUUCCAAAGAGCAAACGUAAUUCAAAAUGGACACAAAAAGUACCAUCUGAAUGCUAGCGUUUUGCCCGUUUUCCUUUAAAAGCGGGGAUAAAUAUGCUACUGAUGUGGAAGUUUUUGUGUCAGCUAGUUAGCUAGUUAGCUAGCAUUCUGAGUUGACGCGACGAGUUUGCCUCAGUUGGUUUCUGCUUGUAUGCGCGAAACUGACAACUUGUACACCGCUUCUUUUGUACCGGCGACCCCGGAGUGAUGAGCCCCGAGUUCCCGACGACGCCGUUCUCUAAACAGCAUUGCGGAGGCCAAGAUAACAACGAUGGAGCCGAAUAGACACUGAUCCUUCAGUCUUUUUCUUUCCAUCAGGCCUGAGGGUAUGUGGAGACAUCUCGCGGGGCCAGAGAAGAGGCGUCUAGGUGCCUCGGGCGGCGACUGAAGGUGAGGAGGACAGACCGAAGAGCGAGCGAGGGAGGAAGACAUGGGUCAAUGUGUCACCAAGUGUAAGAAUCCAACGUCCUCACUCGGCAGCAAGAGUGGAGACAAGGAGAGCGGCUCCAAGUCCCACCACAAGAAAGGCGGCAGUGCCGGGGGGGGCCACAAAGAAGAGCCCGGCGCUCAGGGCAGCAAAGCCGCCAUCGACCUGUCGAAUGGCACCAAGGCCUCGGAGGUGAGCGUGGAGACGCCCGUCAUCUCCGCCGUGAUGGGGGAGCCACGCAAGGACGAGUGCCUGGACGGAGACGGGCUGUCGAUGCUGCGCCUCGACGAGCUCUUCUGCUGCUACAAGGACGAACAGGAGGACGCCAUCCUGGAGGAGGGCAUGGAGAUGUUCUGCAACGACCUGUGCGUGGACCCGGCCGAGUUUCGCGUGCUUGUUCUCGCCUGGAAGUUUCAAGCGGCCACCAUGUGCAAGUUUACAAGGAAGGAGUUUGUUGAAGGCUGCAAGGCCAUUCAGGCCGACAGCCUGGAGGGCAUCUGCUCGCGCUUCCCCGUCAUGCUGCUGGACGCCCGGGGCGAGGAGAACUUCAAGGACCUGUACCGCUUCACCUUCCAGUUCGGCCUGGACGCCGACGAGGGCCAGCGCUCGCUGCAGCGGGACAUCGCCAUCGCGCUGUGGCGCCUGGUGUUCACCCAGGACUCGCCCGCCAUCCUGGAGCACUGGCUGGACUUCCUGUCGGAGAACCCCUCGAGUAUCCGGGGCAUCUCCAGGGACACGUGGAACAUGUUCCUCAACUUCACCCAAGCUAUCGGGCCGGACCUGAGCAACUACAGCGAGGACGAGGCCUGGCCCAGCCUCUUCGACACCUUUGUGGAGUGGGAGUUGGAGCGCAGGAAAAGGGAGGAAGAGGAGGAGGAGGCGGCACGGAGGGCACGCGAGGAAGAGGGGACUGAAACAGAGGGUUCGCCCACCCCAGAGAGGCUGGAAACAGAGGGAAGCCGCGGCUCACAGACGUGGGGGGGCCACUGACCGGGACUCGAGGGGCGCGUUGUGAUCUGCACCUGAACUGUGAAUCGUGGGAUGAAUAUUAGUGUUACGAUGACUGUUCAUUUUGGGAUUCCUGAUUUGCACCCUUUUUGUUUUUGUUUUUUAAAAAGGGCUCAAAGAACUGUUCUUUUUAAGCACUUCUAUUAAGUUAUUGUUUUACUCUAUUUUUUUUCCCACCUCGUGUGUUUUAAGUAAUUGGACAUGUCCCUUUCAACCUCCGUCUACCGACAACAACCACAGAUAGAGCUUCGGUUUUAAGAACAGGUGACAGAAAGCCACAAACUUUUCCCACAAUUCUCAUAUAGACAGUUUCCUUUGACGCGAUAACGCUGCAGAUAUGUUUAGUACACGGUUCUAGUUAAUGAAAAGAGGAAUGGAACUUCUGUCCAAAAAUAAUGUUUUACUAUCCAAACAGAAGAUUAUGCGUAAGGGCCAGUGAAAUCCUCUUUGUGGGACUAAUCUAGCUCGAUUGUAUGCUUUUAUCUUGCAGUGCUGUGAAGAUGAAUCGGUUGCUCUUGCUCGCCUGCAAUCACAUGGCACCAGGACAUUUGUUUUUAAUGAUGAUACAAUGUCCAUCCAAGUUGAUGGUAACAGACCCAACAGCUCUCCUCUAUGGAGUACCACCGGAGCGGCUUAGCUUGUGCAGCUGGCUGUGCUGCCCUUUGACCUCUAGCAUCUACCAUUUUGAUGUCCACCUAUUUUCAAUAAGCGGUUAUGUGUGUACAACACAAUGAUGCUGGCUUUUGGAUGCCUCUAUAUAAAAAGCUAUAGGUCACUUCUUUCAAUAAAUGAUGCCUAAACCGGUGUAACAUUCAGGACCAUUAAAACGGGCUUCUAACAGCUGGUAUUGUUUACCUUCAUAAGAGUCAUCCCAUCCUUGAACUUCCAUACAAAACAAAAAUAAGAGUAUGCAUAUGUCACAAAUCUUGAAAACUGGUGAUGCUUGUAACGGAUUGCACAAAAACCCAUGGCAUGCUAAGACGCUAUGCUUGCACAGUUUUCAGAAAGAAUGAUUUCACGUUAUUUUCAUUUUCAACCUCUUCAAAACUGUUGAUUGAUCUUAAGUAUAGCCUACGGUGUUUGAAUGAGUUAACCAGACAUGCUGGCUAACAAAGAGCCUGGGGGUCCAGUGUGGUAAGAGGGGGGGGGCAUAACUUA